UGGUCAUUUUCGAGCAUGUGUCGGUCAGGACCAGAGUUUGGUCUCAUAUCUCUAUAGCUGUUAAGAAGGAAGAAGUAAGAAGUUCGGGUGACUGAAACAGAAAAAAGGUUAAAAGGUGGCGUCAUAAUGGAGUCUUUUAUCUUCAUCAUAUUCCUCUGCAUUUGUUCGACCUCUGCUGUGGACAAGGCGUUAUUCGUGGACCAGAUCAACUACGGAAUCUACCACAGUGACAUAGAGCAUGGGAAGCUCUUGACUCAACAGGUGUACCAAAGGGCUCGGUUUGAACACAUCUAUCGCCCAGGUGUCAUGACCUAUGAUUUCAUGACCAAUAUGGUCAUAUGGGGCCAGCGGUCCCCCCAUAAGAUUGGCGGAGAUAUUCUGGACGGAGUGCCCAACACGGUUAACAUCGUUCCAGGCGUUAAACCCUUUCUCAUAGCCUUCAACAAACACGAUAGGAGGAUCUACUGGUUUGGCAAUGUCUCCAUGAUCCUAGCUUCGGCCAGACUGGACGGAACGAACAAGAUAAGAGUCCACGUCAAUGACAAACAUAUCUUUGGACUGUGCAUUGAUGGUCUGAACGGUCUGCUCUAUUUUUCCGAGGGGGAUAGCAUCAUGCAAAUGAACGUGGACGGAACUGGCAAAAAAAGUCUUGUCGAUGAGGAUCUUGUAAACGUCACUGCAUUCACAAGAAACGCGCAGGACGGGAACCUGUUUUGGAUCAACCACGAUCGCACUAUCGAGAUGUACGAUAUCGUGAAACACGUGAGGAAUAUCGUGACAACGAUAUCGAUAGAGCUAGGAUAUGUCGAACAGAUUCUGAUAUACGACGAUAUUUUCUACUGGGUCGAUAUCGGGCGAGGUGGGAUCGGUUAUUUGAACCUGUUGGAUUAUGCAAGAUCCGGAUUUAUCGACUCCAUCUCGGUAAACGGGGAACAGCAGAGCUUGGCCGGUAUACUGCGUAUGAAAGUAUUCAUCAACGAAAGUGUUGACUUGUGCCAUCCAUCGCCUUGUGAGCCUGGCCUACAGUGCGUCAGUACAAUAUAUAACUAUGAGUGUGUCGCAACGAAUCUCACCGGGAACGGCACGGGCAGUGGAGUAACAGUCGCACCCCAUACCAACAACAAUCUUUGUGAAGCAAACGAUGAACACUUCCCUUGCGAUCGCGUUCGUGGCGUGUGCAUGUACUUCAAUGUAACGGCUGUGUGUGGAUGUGAAGGCGGAUACCUCCUUGCAGACGAUAAUGUCACGUGCAUAGCUUAUGAAAACUGCAGCCACUGUGACAACGGCGAGUGUGUCAAUAGGAACGGCAUGUAUAGCUGUGUGUGUGACGAUGGAUUCAGACCAGACGCCACAGGACAAUGCCAAGACGUCAAUGAGUGUGUAAACAUCACUUGUGACGUGAAAUUUGGCGUGUGUAUGAACACGGUGGGAGGAUACUAUUGCACCUGCGCAGAAGGGUUUUUCAUUGGUGGAGACGGCAUCUCGUGUCACGGGGAUGAGAAUUCCGAAGAUGAUGAUGAUGAUGAUGAUGAAUAUAGCGAGGAGUCGACCUUGUGCGAAAUUUACGAAGAAGUACCCUGGUGGAAACAACAAAAUUAUAUCAUCGCCCUCGUCGUGGUCAUCCUCGCCAUCAUCUUCCUGAUCAUCGUCAUCGUGAUCUGUUGCAGAUGCAAGAAGCAAGGAGACAAUAAAGCUGUAUAAUGUUAGAAGAGAGGGAGAGAGAAAGGUAUUAAGGAAGGGUGAUUGCAAGCUCGAUCUCUUCCAGUUGGGUCUUAAUCAACGAACGUG